AUGGUUAAAAUAUUACAAGCACCCCGAUUAUGGCGCUCUCGCCUGCUUUUUCUCGCCAUGGUUAUGCUCUCUGCAUUUGCCAUUUGGUGGUCUAGGAAAAUACUCCACGCUGCCUUGACACUUAUCUUCCUCCCUUUUACUUGGGGUCAUAAUGCAAGCCAAUUCCUGAUUUCUCAAGACGUCGAUGGGUUCGAUGUCACUUUCGCAAACUACAGUCGGAUGCAGGAAACUGCUGGCUCUUCUUACCAGGACAAGAUUCCGCCUAUUCUUCAUCAUAUCCUGUUGGAGAAUCCAGCCGCUGCAACAAAAUGGCAGCACGCUCGGCAAAGCUGUCUGGAGAUGCACCCUGGGUGGGAAACACAUUUCUGGACCGAUGCCAAAGCUGAACAGUUCGUUGCUGAAAAGUUUCCUGCGCUCAAGAACAUGUGGGACGGCUACCGGUUCCCAAUUCAACGGAUUGACGCGCUGCGGUAUUUCAUCCUUUACGAGUAUGGUGGGGUUGUACUAGAUAUGGACUUACAAUGCCGGCGGUCUUUGGGUCCAUUGAGACGUUUUGAGUUUGUUGCUCCGGCUGCCCAUCCUGUCGGGUUUUCGAACGGUUUCAUGAUGGCCAGCAGGGGCAAUAAGUUUAUCAAAGACAUUAUAGCACACCUGGAGACGUAUAACAGACACUGGUUCGGAUUAGCGUAUCCAACGGUAAUGUUCAGUACCGGCUGCCAUUUUGCGUCCACCCCACGAGGCUUUCUCAAGGCUUAUUACUUUGUUCGUGUCUUACGGAUCCGUCGCCGGAUCCUCAUCAGGUUUGCCGUCCUGGCACUGUUAGUCCCCAUAUUUCUACAAUACGCCCUAGCAUAUCAUCUUGGUAGCGACGCCAGGCUGUUACCGCGCGAGUUACAGGAUAUAAAGAACAUAUUGAUUGUGACCGCUCAUCCUGACGACGAAUGCCUCUUCUUUGCGCCGAUCAUUGUUGGUGUACUAGAUAAAAAUGACGGCAUCAAAGGCGGACUGCUCGCUCUGUCGACCGGUAGGUUCAUUUUGAAUCUUCAGCCUUUGCAGUAUGAAAAUGCACUGACCAGACGUGCCGUCGAUGCUGCAGGCAACAACAAAGGGUUAGGCGACACGCGAAAAAAGGAGCUAAGGGGAUCAUGUGAGGCCCUUGGAAUUGAUUCCUCCAGAUGCGAAGCGUUAGACCACCCGGAUCUUCAGGACAACCCUACGGCUUGGUGGGAUACAACCAUUACCCAAGCUAUCAUUAAAGAGUACGUUCAUAAGUGGGAUAUUGACACUAUCAUUACUUUCGACGAGUACGGCAUCUCCGGACACAUAAAUCAUCGCGCGGUGAGCGCUGCUGUUAGUGAAUACGUCAAGAGUGACAGCAGCGCACCAGUUGCGUAUAAGCUGGUAACCACGACGCUACUAAGGAAGUACACAUUCUUAUUCGACCUUCCAUUUACAGCAUUGGCCUUUGCAUGGCGAAUUGCUGCUGCUGUAAUCUUGCCUUCCUCCAAGAUAAACGAGGGUUAUAGCAGAAAAGCGCUUGUUGAUCCCGACAAGAAUGACGAGCAACGGCGUAUCAGUCUCGAAUUACGCUCGACAGAUAUCGAUGAAGGAAAAGAAAGCGCCCACACAAGCCCAUUGAACGACUCAGGGCCCCAAGAUCGUGCAAGGAAAGAAAGUGAAAUGGGAAAAGCCAUACCAAAAUACGUCUUGCAGUAUGCACCGCUCGUUCACCUCCACUCAAAGGAGAACUUUUGGCCCGCCGAUAUUGCCGAGCAUAUACUACACAUGACACCGCAAGUUGAGGGGAAAUCGUUGAACCAAUCCUUGCUGCUCACAAACCUCGAUGUGCUGAAUAAAAAACCCGGCGGAGUUUUCCUCACAAGUAAGGACAACGUCGAGUCGAGACCGGAGUGGCUACAUAGCCACGUUGGCAUACCUAAAUCUGGGUUUGACGUUUCUCAGCAGCGCUACAUUCGGCGUGUCAUUAGUCCUCAACGACCGUCAUGGCAUUCUCAUUCAACUCAACCAUUUGGUAAGGACGGAAUCAGCCGCCGGGACCAGAAACCUAUUACAGGUACGGCGACAGAAGAACUUAAGCUGGAUGGAUACUCCGAGGCACCGGCAGUUUUAAUUCUUGUCGACAAAGGUUCUGGCAUCGUCGACGCAUUCUGGUUCUUUUUCUACUCGUACAACCUCGGACAAACCGUACUGAACAUCCGCUUCGGUAACCACGUCGGCGACUGGGAAUACUGUAUGGUCCGAUUUGAGCAAGGUGCCCCUCGUGGGAUCUUUAUGUCUGAGCAUGCAGGCGGCCAGGCUUAUUCAUACUCCGCUGUCGAGAAACGUAAUGCUCGACCCGUGCUGUAUUCCGCGGUUGGCUCUCACGCUAUAUAUCCAAAUCCUGGCGAUCAUCCAUAUGUCUUACCAUUCAAUAUGCUGAAGGACGUUACCGACCAAGGUCCUCUCUGGGACCCAGCUCAGAAUACUUACUCAUACUGGUAUGAUCCUAGGAACAACACGGGCAAGUAUAACCAGUCAGACUUUGGCCAUGUGUUGUCUCGAAACACCUCAGAUAGCCUUAUUCCUACUGCAGAAAAUCCUAGUGCGCCAACAUCUUGGUUUCACUAUGUUGGUGCUUGGGGCGACAAUAUCUAUAGUCUCGCUGACAGGCGCCAGUGGCGCCUUUUCAAUCAGUACCACUACGACGAGGGGCCCUACGGCCCCAAGCUCAAGGGCUUAGAUCGCGAGCAAAUUUGUCCUACAGAUCAGUGUGAGAUCCUAGAAACGAUAAUCCCAGGUCAGACAUGGUAUGGAAAGAAAACGAUCGGUUUAUGA